GUACAUUCCCUUCAUUCGAUAAUCUCUAUAUGUCGUGGCUUGGGAUAUCAACGUGCUAGUAAUUCACCAAGCCACCUUUUGUGGCUGUGAGAGAUAGCAGCAGUAUGCCUCUGAAUUUGCCUUGCAAUGCAUCAGGAUGCAGAAUUGUUACAUCCAAUCAAACCUGGCAUACGAGUAAAUAUAUAUUCGAUCUCGUCCCUUGAACAUCCCGUGUGUCAGCAAAAUGGUGUGCCCUGGUACUUGCAGCCCCAGUAGGGCUUACAUGGCAAAUUUCAUUGUUACUAUUGCACUGGAAAAGUUAUGCGAGAACUCGCAAAACUCAUGGUGGCAACGAUGUUAUUUAUGAGUAGUUAAGAUCACAAUCGUAUCAAGAUUAUCCUUUCCCCCUAACAACUGUUUCUCUUCUUGCGCUUUUCGCAUGCUUAUUUGGUCUUGCGAUUUCUAUAAGUGAUCGGGUAUUUCCCCAAAUCUCGUUUGCGCGCAAUUCUUUUGCUGAAAUAUACCUGACAGUUACAUGACGAAUUUGGGGGUCAAGCUUACGGUACCGUCGAUAUAGUGUUCGUUCACGGACUUCAAGGCGCAGCCACUACUAGGUUUCCGAAGAAUGAGAAGACACCAGAAAAACUCUGGCUGUAUGACCUUCUUCCUAAUAGCUUACCCACUGCGAGGAUUCUCACUUUUGGCUACCAAAGUAACGUGAUUUCUCUUGUCAACUCGAACGGAUCACAAAUCUCAACUCUUGCUGAGAGCUUGCUCGAAUCUCUCUCAGCUUUUCGAGCCCCACACCAAGAGGCUCCAUCACGACCUCUAGUAUUCGUUGCCCAUAGUCUUGGAGGUCUUGUCGUUCAGAAGGCCUUGAUUGUCGCGUCAACAAGGGCUCGAGCCGACUUUGUCUCCAUCAAGCGUUCUACUUCUGCUAUACUAUUCUUUGCUACACCUUAUCAUACAGAUCACAAAGGUAUCUCCAAUAUCCUUCGGUAUCUUUCGGGUGUGAGAAAAUGUCAGGGAAUCCGUGAAGAUUUCAUAUGCGAAUCUCAAUUUCAGCGCAAUCUAGAUGACACAUCUGCGCAGCUAAGGCAAAUUCAAGAAGAUUUUGAGCAUCUUCGCGUUCAGCAGUCCUCUGAAUUCAGCAUUGACUAUUUUUUUGAGGAGUUACCUGUCGCGAACUUUGGACUGGUGGUCGACGGUACAUCAUCGUUGAAUAAUUUCUCACAUAGCGUUAUGUUACAUUCAAACCAUCAAACAAUCUGCAAGUUCACAAGCGUCGGUGAACCGAACUUCAAGCGAGUAUUAGCAACACUCAGAAGAAUCCUCCGCCCAAGCGUAGAGUGUGUACCGAGCCUGCAAAAACAUCAGCAAGAAAUACUUCGCUGGCUGGCAAUACAAAAGUCACAAAUUGCCAAUUCUGCAGCGCCUGGAUCCGGCAAGUGGCUUAUGAAAAAUCGAGAGUUCAGGUCAUGGCAAUCGAGUGACCAUAAUUCUGUCCUGUGGAUCCAAGGAAGCCCUGGCGCUGGUAAAUCAACACUUGCUGCCAACUUUGUCAAAGAUCUCAAAAAUUACUCUCUGAAAGACCGGCCUGCGAUCAUCCUCGAUCAUUUUUUCCAUUCCGGGUCCCCGGAUACUUCCGCACGUAGUCUCCUACGCUCUUUGAUCUUUCAAUUAAUGUCGAUAAAUACGAGCUCCUUGUCGGAUCUCGUUUCUUUGCUUAGCCAAAAGCGAAAUUGUUACCACAAGGUCGAGGAGCCCCGCAAUAGCUGGGGAGAGUGGAUUUCUGAAACCGUACUCACGGAAGAAUUCUUGGGAACGUGUUUAGAAGCAACCGCCAAAGCCCAUCAAUUAUACAUUAUCAUCGACGCCCUAGACGAAUGUCCCGACGGAGAGAUAUCUUCCAUUAUGUCUCUUCUAUAUUUUUUAAAUUCGAUUUCUUUGAAAAAUUCAAUUAAAUUGUUUAUCACAUGUCGGCCUAGCUUGAUGUACGAGAAAGCGUUCUCAUGUUUACCACAUCACAAAAUUGUUCUAGAGAAUGAAAAUCAAACAGAAUUACAGCAAUUCGUCUCCUUCAAGAUGUCGACACAAUUUCCAGAUUUUCCCAACCAGAAGCAGAUCUCCGAUACAUUGUUAAAACGAGCAGCGGGUACUUUUCUUUGGGUCAAACUUGUCAUACAUAAUCUACGAGAUUUCACACAUCACGAAGAGAAUAUCACUAAAAUAUCAGUUUCGCGAAUUCCUACAAGCUUAGAUGAUGUAUAUAACGCGAUCUACGAAUACGUACUUCGAGUAGAGUCAAGGGCUGUACUGAGACUUCUAGGUUGGGUUGUGUUUGCCAGACGGCCAUUUUCUCUCAGGGAACUGAAAGUUGCUAUGGAUGUCUAUGAACGUUCAAUAACAGUAUCAAGUCAAAGUUCUCGACAUAUUACUCAAGAUCAGACCCUAUCGCCAUACCAAGUUAGCAUUGAAGUUUUAAUCGCAUCCUGUCAUGGACUAUUAGAAGUUGAGGGAGCAGAUGGAAUUGUUUCCCUUGUCCACCUAAGCGCCCGAACAUUUUUGAUAUCAAGAGCCGCCUCGGAGAAUCCUCAGCUAGGGUAUUCUGAUGCCAAAUACUUCAAUAAUACGCACAUUUCUAUUGCUGAAGUAUGCGUCACUUAUUUAGCAUUUAGAUCUCUCGACGACAAAUCAGAUGUAAAUUUUGAUUUUGACAACUCCGGUUUCUUGCAAUAUGCCGUCGUUCACUGGGUUGAACACGCAAGAGCAGCUGAUCGCCCUGGCGUAUCAUACCAGCCUCUCUUCAAAAGUUUGAAUUCGCGAUCACCAAACUUUCUGAAAUUCUGGAUUGCCCAAUAUCAAAAGCAUGUAAACUCACGUAGUUCCUCAAAGUAUAUGUUAGAAGGGUGGACAGCUCUCCACAUCUCCGCUGCUUUUGGAAUUUACAAUCUUGUUCAAACUAUACUAGAGCUCGGAGAGGUACAGUGCUUUGAUACCAGAGACGCGUAUGGGCGUACUGCUUUAUCACUGGCCGCUGAGAACAAUCAUGUAUCUGUACUUCAACUUCUCCUGGAAGCAGGAGCAAGCAUUACUACUCGAGACAAUCGAUAUGGUCUUUCUCCACUGGAAUGGGCAGUUUUACAAGGCAAUGUUAAAAUAGUUGAGAUACUUAUGGAAAAAGCAAUUUCUUGGUCCGGCACUUCCUUACUCUCUAUCGCAGCGGCAAGAGGGCAUGAGUCGCUUGUAAAGUUGCUAUUGGAGAAACGUGCCACUAUUAACUCUCUAGAUCAGUACUGGGGAUGUACAGCUCUUCACCUUGCAGCCGGGUAUGGGCAUACAGCUAUUGCAUCUCUACUUCUUUCCUGUGGUGCCGACCCGAAUAUUAUCGAUAUAUCUAAGAAGCAAACGCCACUAUACUAUGCCAUAUACAAGGGUCGUCACGCGACUACCAAGAUUCUGUUGGAUUAUGGCGCCAAGAUGGGUGGGACAUCCAAGAAAUCAUUCCUAUUGCCUGAUUCACCCCAAUCUAGUUCUUGGCCUGAUCGGGUUGGUACCUCAAUUUUAAGAGAUCUAGAAAUCAGACUACGUACUUGUACGCAAGACUCCGAGGUCAGCGGGCAAUCAAGUUCGGGUAAUUGCAAUAAAGGUACCUCUGGAAACUCCAGCAGUGGACGUAAGAAAAGAUCACAUCAGGACUUCCAAAGUGGCGGCUCUGGUGGGAGUGGUGGCUUGGGCGAUGGACCCAACAAACAGCCCACAUUAGAGCCCACUUCUUCAAAAGAUCCUACCACGAGUGAUCUUGGGUUAAAUCUUGCUUGCCCCUACUUUAAGCACGAUCCGGGAAGAUACGGACCAAACAGAGCUUGCCGUGGACCCCCUGGCUACCCAGAUAUGAAUAGAUUAAAGCAGCAUUUGUAUAAAGCACAUUCUCUAAAAAUAUGUCGAAAGUGUCAUUUGAUUUGCAAUGGCGAGAUUGAGCUUCAAGAGCAUUACGACAUUCCAGUAUGUGCCGCAAUGUUUCAACGGGACUACGCCGAUGGAUUUGAUGAUUCUCAGCGUGAUAAGCUCAAAAGGCGAACAGAGAAGAGGAACCACUUGGAUAAAGCGCAGUAUUGGACAGCGGUGUACAAAAUACUGUUUCCAAACACCGACGAUGCAAACAUGCCAACACCAUGGCACGAAGAAAACAUAAACAGAAGGCUAUAUGACGAGUCUUGUGCUCUUUCGCGACUUCAGGAUUCCACCCUCAGAAGCGAGCUUUCCCAACAUGUUCAAAGCCAAGAAGCAAUCAAUGCUAUAUUAAACAUCAUCAACAGACAUCAGACCGAAUCUUCCGGGACAACUACUACUAGACCGAUGCCGAGACAGUCUUCUCAACUGUCAGAGCGACAGCACCCUGGGGCUUCUCAAAACCAAGUGUAUGAACCACCGCCUCUUGGGCGAAAUCCACUUGAUCGGCACAACUCUCAAAUGAUGCCUUUUGAUUCUCUACCUUACUUCAUGAUGGAGCCUUCCAGUGACUCUGGCUUUUAUGAAUAUUCACUUAAUGAUGACUUUAGUCGGGAUGCUGUAACGGAGGCUGCUGGAUCAAUGAUGGGAGAACACGAAACUGCGAUAAACGCGCCAAUACUGACACAAAACCAGUCAACAGCUCCGGAGACGCAAACUAAUAGCGACAAUAUACUCCGGGCUCAAAUACAUGCCUCAAGCGAAGAUCUUCCGACUUCGUCCAGCCUUCAUGAUAUCUUUGAUCUGGACCAAAGUCAGUAUUUGCAACUCCUAAAAGAGCCUAUGUUCAACGAUUAUCAAGAUCAAGAUCAAAACACAGAUGAAGAAAAGAAUAGCAUUUGAAAGGAAAUAGGCUUGAUUUUGUAGAAUCUUUAGCCUUCGCCAUACUUUUAACGACAGAGAAGUCCACGCAAAAGCCAGAAAGAUCGUUACAGUGACCAAAAACAGUUUGCUUUGGAACAUCUACUCUCAAAACUGACAAAUGAUACAAUAGCAACAAAACA